AGCGUUAAUGGUUGGACGCUGUUCUUGCCUCAAUUGGUGUAGUUUCGUUUUAUCUCGGAACUGCGAUACUUGUGUUUAAAACUUAAUCUUUGACAAUUUCAAAUACUGUUCAGUUACUCUUUCUGAAUAUUGUUGCUGAUAAAAUCCUAGCGUCUGUGUCUGUUGGUCAUCCUAUCCCUGGCUGUAUUGUGAAAAUGGCUUCCUACUGACUUCAAGCUGUAUAUUCGGAACAAGGUGCUUCUCGUAUUUCUCUGAUUGCUGUUUGCUUCAAUUCUGGAGAUUCAUUAUACAUUUCAUAUAAUGAUAAUUCUCAUUAAUUAAAAGCAGAGAAAAGAUAUUUUAUUUUGAAGUAUUGAACUUGAUUAAGUAAAGCCAUGGCUUUAGGUCCAUUUUGUAAAGCUUUGGGGAUUGAUGAAGAAGUUCUUAGUGGUCAGAAGACAAAAACUUGUGAUGUGAAAAGUAUCACUAAUGGAGUUAUGUGGGAAUUGAAGAAGUAUAAAACAGCAAAAAAAUUAUCAUUGAAAGAUAUUGUCGAUUGGCUUAUAAAAAUAUUUCAGAUUCAAUGUGAAAAUUCUGAGGCUGUUCAGGGAGAGUUAAAUGAAAAGUAUGAAAGCUUAUUGAACAUUCGAAAUACAUUGCUGAGAUCUCCAAACCGUUAUCGUGGAGAGAUGGAGAGACUUAUGAAUUGGCCGUUUGACUUGCCUGCAGUAAUGGGAGUUGAGGCUCCACCAGUUUUUGAACCAACUGUGCAGGCUAAUCUUGGUCCAAAAUUGUUGAAAGUAUUAAAAGAAAAAGGUGGGGAUGAUGAUGAUGCUGCUGCUGAGAUAUCAGAUGAUGAUGAUGAGCAAGUUAAGAAGAGAAAAGCAAGAGAGGAGAUUGUUCAGUUAAAAAAAGAUUUGGGUUCCGCUAAGAAAGUGAUUACAUCUUUAAAUGAUAAAAUGUCUGAUCUGAGCAAAAGAUGUCUCAUAUUAAAUGAUUUGAGUAAAUCUUGUGUUUCAGAACGAAGGCGCAUUGAAAAUGAUAUUGCAAAACUUAAGGCUGGAUGGAAUAAUGUUAUGUCUAAUUGGCAUGAUUGUAUGGAACGUUUAAACCAUGUUAAUAAUAAUAAAGGUAAUUAUUUGGAUGUGGGAUAUAUGGUACGGCGCAAUAAAACUAAGCAGGGUAUUUUCGAUGAACUGAAUUUUGAAUUUGAAAAAACACUUGAGGAAUUCAAGUAUAAAGUAAGUUCUUUGAUUGAGAAAGAGAGACGUAAGAAAAAGGUGGCUUCUAGAGAGUAUCGUCAGAAAAGCAAAUCUGACAGAAAGAGAGUGAGACAGGAAAGCGAAGAUACUGAGGAAAAUAAAAAAAUUUGUUUGUCUGAAGAAGCAAAUAAACAAAUUUCUACUAGCAUGAGCAUUGAAGAAUUUAUGAAAUCUGAAAAGGUAGAUGAAUUUAAAGGAGGGAAGUUUAUAAAUGCUUUGAAAGCUGUGUACACAGAAUUGACAUCUAUGCCUGUACCUUGUAAUAAUGUUCAUGAAAUAAUAUUUUCCAUUUUGGAUGAGCUUGAGCCUUUGAAUACUGAAAAAAUCCCUUCACAAUCAUUUGCUGGGAAUAUUUUGAUGGAAGCACGAAUGAUAGCUUCACUAGAAGCAUUCUCUGAUCUUCUCAAAAUGAGCAAAGUUUCAAUUUGCAACGAUGGUGCUUCAAAAUUUUCUUGGAGUGAUACCUGUUAUGUUGUUACUUUGCCUGAUGAAACACAUUUAAAGUUGGGGAUUCGAGAUAUAUCACAGGGCAGUCCAGAUACAUCUUUAAAUUCUCUAAAAGAUAUUAUUGGAGAUAUUGUGAAUGCUAAAGUAGAAGUAAAUGAAGCAUUAGAACCUUUGAUAAAAAUUUUAAGUUCAUUAAUAGAUCAACAUUUCUUGGAGAAAAAAAUUAUUGAAAUACUCUUUCUGUAUAAACAGCAAGUAUUACCUUUGGUGAUAAACAAUUUGGAAACGUUUCCAGAUGCCGUAAAGUCCAAAGUGUUUCUUUUGAAUAACUUUUGCACUGGAUUAUAUUUCUUGCUCGGUUUGGCAAAACUUGCUGAUGUCACUGUUUUAACGUGGGAGAGUUUAUCACUUGGUGGUAGCUCCGCUGAUGUGCCAAAAGAUAAUGAAAAUAAUCAAAUAUUGAGUAAGACUGUACAACAGAUGUAUGCUUUUUGUAGCAAAGUGGAUGCUGAUAGCUCUGAUGAAAUUGGGUCUGAAUUCAGAGCAUUUGUCCAGAAUGAGAAAAAACUUGAUUGCAUACCUGUAGCUCCGUAUAAAAGUAUUUUUAAUACGAUUUUUCAUAAUAGUGCUGGUAUUUGGUUUUAUCAUGAAAUUGGACUGUUGUCAGAAUUUUUUGAAAAAAUUAAAGAAAAGGAAAUAGAAGCAAAUUCACUUGCUGAGUUACUGAAUGAAAAGCAUAGUUAUGCCUUUGCUAGAGCUUUGGGAUUGCUAGGAAAGCUUGUAGCUGUACCUUUGUGGACUGUGUUAGAAGAUGAUGAUGUUGAAAUAGGGUCAAGGUACAGGACUCUGCUGAAUAAUGUAGAAAAUUGGGCAAAAGAUUCUUCUAAAUUCAUGAAAGGACAGGAGCGUCUUUUUGAAGAUGUACCUGUGUCUCAUGAUGCAGUGUAUGUUAGUUUAAUAAAAGAUAAUGAGUCAAGUGAUGCUUCAACAAAAGAAAUUCUUGAAUUAAUGUUUACAGCAUUUGUUCCAUAUAUCAAGUAUUUCUUAUUUGGUAAUGCAGCAUAUGAAAAACUAAAUGAUUCAGCAAUGGAAACUGAUGAUAUUAAAUUGUCAGUUCAUGAAGAUUUUGGUUUGUUUGAUCGAAUAACAAUGAACAUUCACUCAGCUACCAAAUAUGCUUUAGAUGCACUAAUGUUAUAUAGUAAAACACGAAAUGGUGCCUGGCAAGACAAGUUAGGUAGCAAAGACAACAUAAAAGUGUUUGAAUUAAUUGAAAAGGAUUAUGCCAAGCAGUUGAAAACACUCUACAAACGUAAGAUUAAACUGAGUGAAAUUAAAGGGCAAGCUGAAGGUAAAAACUUGGAUGAGUACAGUAAAUGCCAGUUAAUUGAGAAAAAAUAUAAACUCAUUGAUGAUCUUAUGAAAUGGGGUGGUCUGUGGAAAAGUGAAAAAGAAAUUGAUGCUCAAAUAAAAGAAAUGAAGGAAAGUGAUCGGUUGAGUGCUUUUAGAGCACAAAUUCGCUUCCGAAGGCAUAUAUUGGGAGAAGAGCAUAAUAAUGGUUUAUUAGAUUUAGCAUCAGAAGGUGAGUGUUUUAAUGCUGCUAAAUUACAUGAAAACUUAAAAACAAUAUUGAAGAAAGAAUGUGAGAUGACUGAAACUGAUGUCUUUGAGUUAGCAUCUGCUACAGAUGAUGAAAGUAGCAAAGAAAAAAUAUAUGAAUUGUGUAAGAAUGCACAAGAGUUAAAACCUUAUGCAGAACCUGUAAAAAGUACUCUACCAAAGGAAAAUUUCCAUUGGCUUCUUGGUAAACUCAUUAGUCAUAAGUGGAUUUCUGAUCAAGGCGAAGAAAUUGUGACAGGUAUAUGCAUUGCAAAGAAAAAGUUAGGUGGUGUGUAUUCAUACUUUAUUUCUUACAAAGAAAAAGGUGUUUACAGCAUUCCUGAAAGUCGAAUAGCUGAAGAUUUCAGAAAGUUGAAUUUAAAAGUCAUUGAACCAUCAGUGAAUGAUUUGGUUGGUUCUCGCCUUAGUCGUGCUUUCAUUAAAGAUGAUGGUGAUUUAGAGUGGCAUGAUUGUAAAGUUAUUGGUGUUACAAGUCAUGGAUCAGAAUUUGUUGUGGAAUUUGACUUUUAUGGUGGUUGUGAAGAGGUGAAUACUGAUGUCCAAAUUCCUGAAUUAGAAACUUUCACCUUCACCACAAAUUUGUUAGAGGACUAUCGAACGGAUCAUCUUCGAUUGCUGUAAUCGUUUUCCAUUCUUAACUUUCACAUUGGGGAGUUAAGUGCCUAAAAAUAAACCUUCAAAGUGGAUGGAGGUUGGUAUAUUGUGUAAAGAAGCACUGAUUUGUUGCUUUAGUUUUUACUACAAUGUACAGUGUUUUGCUGUUUUAUUAUGCGUCAUCCUAUACCUAUAUCUAGGUGUAUCAUUUGAAACCACUAUCAUAACAUCCUAGACUAAAUGCAUUGUGUAUAAAUGCAUGUUUUAUCAGUUUUAUUGCUUAUGUCAUACUUUUCCAUCUUUGAGGGGAUUUAUUAUGUAUUGUACACUUUUAUAGUUUUUAAUUGUAGUUGUUUCUAUACAGAUUGUGCUGUUAAUUUUGUGUAUUGAUUUAACUACUUUCCAGUGUCCGUUCUUAAGAAAAAUGUUCAUUGGAUGAAAACCUCAAUUUUGAUCUAGAUUUCAUUUUAUAUAUGGAAUCUUCCUUCUAUGUAAACUAGUCUUUUUUCCUUAUAUUAGUAAAUUGUUUUUAGGUGACUGAUAAAUUGGACAUUGCUUUUCCUGUUUAAAAGUUUACUCUCGUGUAUUUAUAGAACUGUUCCAGGUUAAAUUAUAAUUUUUUGGAGAAAUUUCCAUAAUAAGGGUAAAAAGACAAUUUGGUGCCGUUUUCAUUCUGCAUUGUCAUUACAUUAUUUUUAAAUAAUAAAAUUGGCUUUGGUGUCUUCCUCCCGCUUUUGGGGAGAGAUUAUUUGAAAUGUGUUUAUUCUUAAUUUAAAUUGUGAUUCAAAUUCACUGUUCACAUAAACACAUUGUUUGAAGUUCCCUUUUCAUUAAUUUUAAAUGUUUUUUUCAUUCUUUUAUGUGUGAACAAAUUUAAUUUUUACAGAAGAUGGCUGUAAAAAAUUUUAAGUUUCUAAUGCCUUAAAAUUCUUUUCCCGAAUAUAGAAUUAGCUUAUAGUUUCAAAAAUUAAAUAUCAUUAACCCAAAACAUUUAAAUUUACUUUGAAGGCUAUAUAAAAAUGAAAACAGUUUUAUGUAUUUUAAACAAAUAAUAAGCUGUUUUUUUUUUUUUUUUUUAAUGCUUUUGACUGGAAAUUGGCUCUAAAUUACUACCAUUAUGGAAAUUGUGUCUUUUAACUAUAAGUAACUAGUCAGUCUUUCAUUUAAAAAAAAAAAAAAAAAAACUUAAAAACUGUGACAGCAUUUAUGCAUGCUAUUUUAAUCAUUUUAUUCUACCUUUUGAAAAUUUCAAGUAAUUGCAUUUAAAUGAAAUGAGUUGAGUUUAUCUGAGGUAAUUUUAUGAAGCUAUAGAUUGUUGUAAAAUAGCAAUAAUGAUUCAGUUUCUAAAGGUAUAUUUAUUGCCUUUUUACUCUUAUAUGAAACUACUCAUUUUAACAAUUUAACUUUUAUCAAAAAGAAAAUUUACAUUAUGUGUUCAUGGAUAAAAGAAACUGUGCCCAUGUUUGACUAAGUGGUCAGUUUUUUAACUUUUGUAAUAAAAGUAUGUGUUUUUAAAGUUGCAUAAUGUAUUCGGUGAAGUGAUAAAUUUUCAUUAUAUUUUAAUGAAUAAAAUUAGUGCAGUGUUUUACUGGGGUGGACUAAAAACUUUUUUGAAUGUGGUAAGAAAUAAUUAUAUGAGAAAUUUGUCUGGUACAUAUAAAUUAUUACUGCUGAUGUAGUUCAGCAUCUCUUCGUAUCUGACUUGGAACUUUGUUGGAUGUCAACCUUUUGACAUUGAUAAAAACAAGUAUCUAUAUUUUAUUCCCAUGAUCUACUUAGCUCCCAUGCUUCUAUUCACGGGUUUAAAAAAGCCAUUAAUUUUGUGAAUUAAAUGCUUUUAAGAUUAAUCUGUGUGAAUUUAUGAGAUUGCAAAAGUAAUUACUUUCCAUUUUCUGUUUAUCUGUUAUGCAGAAUCAUUCCAAAAUGGGAUGUUUCACUAAUGAUUUCUGUAUAAUGGAGCUACUAUUUCUAAAGAUCACUGCUAUUUCUAAAGAUCUGUGCAUAUUUUAUUUAUAACAAGUGAAUAAAAACAGCAAAUACUGCCUUCAUUAUGAAGCAAGAAUUAAUUUAAAAUAUUGUUUAAAGUUUUGGAGGCAAAGUUUUUAAUUAUUGUCAAUAAAUUGGCCAUACUUAAGAAGUUUUAUAGUAUAGUAAGUGUGCUCUUUUGCUGCAUUUGUGGAUAUUGUCAAAAAGCGCUGAAGAUUCUCUUUAAGUGUAUAUUUCUGUGAAGUUCCGAAGGAUUCUGCAGAAGCUUCUCCUGGGCUUAUAUAAAGUCCUUCAGCAUUUCUAACUAAUAAAGCAAUAAAAAUAAAAAUUUGGAUCUUUGAAUCUUUAUUCAGAUAAGUAGUGUAGGUAAAAAAUGUGAAAUGUCUAAUCCACUGUGCUUUUAAGGGAUUUGUUAAUGCAUCUGAUGAUCUAGAUAAGGCAGUCAUUUCUGUUUCAGAGUCACAAAUCUGUUUUAUUGUUUUGUUUCAUUAUUUUCCAUUAUUUUUAUCAGAUAAAGAAUUACCAAGUAGAAAUUAAAGCUUCAUUUUUGUUAAAUGGAAGCAUUUUUCAAACAAUUUAAUGACUUUUUCUCAAAGCACGGAUUUUUAAACUUCAUGUUUUAAGUUGUUUUGUUUCUCUCCUCUUCUUUUUUUUUUCCCCCCUAAGAUCGACACAUUAUUUGAAGGGAAACUGAUGCAUAGUCUAUUGGAACAUUUGAUAAUUACUGUGUUUAUUCAUAGCAUGAAUUUUUGUAAACCAUGUGCAUUUCAAGUAUUUAAACUUGUUUUUCUUGGAGUAACAUCUUUAUAUGUUGUGAUGACAUUUGGUCAUACAUUAAAUGCAAAUAAAUAGUUUGUGUUCGAUUCCCCCCAACUGUUAAAAUGAACUGAGGUGAAGCAGCAUUAAAUAAAAUGUAAGCAUGCAGGUAAUUUUAGAUACCUGUCACAUUUUAAAUUGUAAUUCAACGAAAACAAUUUUUAGCUCGUUAAAUAUUCGAAUAUUGCAUAUAAUUUUGUUGAAAUGUUUUGUUAGAAAUGUAGCUGAAAUAAAUUGUGGACCAGUGCAUAUACCUUAAAAAUGCUACUAAGUAAAAAAUAUAAAAGUAAGAAAUGUUACCGCUUGUAGCCCAAUAAAUACUCAAAAGAAACUAAUGUUGUAUAUUGCAUUGGGAUCUUAAUGUACAAAAACACCCACUGUUGAAAUCAUACAGUAUGUUUUAAUUGGGGUUAGUGUAAUUGCUUUUAAAAGGCCCCUGCCUCUUCCAAACUAGAACUUCAGGUAAUGAGUGCAAUUUUUCAUUUUAUAAAUGUAUGAUUUCGACCUUGAUUGUGCAAUAAAAGGUGAUGAUAAAAUCUCUUAAGUUUUAAAAAAUCAAAAUUGCAUAUAAUAGUAGCACUAGUAUAUCGUGCUAAUUCUAACAUGUUGAAUUGCAAUGUAACUUUAUGGGCCCUGGUCUUUGGAAUUAGUAAGAAAAUUCUUUUUAUGAUGUUUAAAGCGGAAUUCCUUUAUUUGAUAAAAUGCAUGAAAGAAUUUUGAAAUUAAUAAAAUUAAAUUAUAUGUAGUUAUAUGCUUUGUGUCUUGGUAAGUGGUCCAUUCAGUUAUGUAAUGUAUAAACCACUGUCAAUUGUGUGAAUCCGAGAAUUGUCUUUGGAAUAAAAUAAAAUCUUUUUGUUAUUUUUAAA